GAUGGUCUAUACCCCGAAAAACGUGGUUAUCACCGGCGGAUGUGGCUUCAUCGGUUCGAACUUUGUCAACUACAUUCACGAUGCUUGGCCGACGUGUAAUUUUGUGAACAUCGACAAGCUCAUUCUGAACAGUGACACUCAGAAUGUGGCAGAGUCGGUGAGAAAUUCCCCACGGUACAAGUUGGUACUCACUGAUAUCAAGAAUGAGGCGGCGAUUCUCAACGUUUUUGAGCAGAAUGAGAUCGAUACCGUAAUCCAUUUCGCCGCUGACUGUACUUCUACUCGGUGCUACAAUGAGACCGCUGAAGCCGUUCAGAACAAUGUUCUAUCGUUCAUCCAAUUCUUGGAAACUGUUAGAACCUACGGAAAGAUCAAACGAUUCGUUCACAUCAGUACAGACGAGGUUUACGGGGACUCUGAUCUCUCGGAGAAUGAACAAGGAAAAGUGGAAUUCUCUCGACUUGUUCCAGGAAAUCCGUAUGCUGCCACUAAAAUCGCCGGAGAGGCCUACGUCCGUGCCUACCAAACUCAGUACAACCUUCCAAUUGUGACUGCCCGGAUGAACAAUAUCUAUGGGCCAAACCAGUGGGAUGUCAAGGUGGUUCCAAGAUUUAUUGAGAUUGCAAAGGUCCGUGGGGAAUACACAAUUCAAGGAAGCGGCAAGCAACUUCGCUCUUGGCUUUUUGUGGACGAUGCUAGUGCAGGAUUGAAGGCAGUUUGUGAGAAAGGAGAACUCCACGAGAUUUACAAUUUGGGGACUUAUUACGAGAAAAAUGUUGCUGAUCUAGCGAAAACGAUUCAAGAAGAAGUUGAUCUACAACUCGGAAGAGCCCACGAGCCACCAAAAUACAAAUCGAUUCCCGAUCGUCCGUACAAUGAUCUUCGCUAUUUGAUAAGUAUCGAGAAGGCGAAAAAUGAUCUCGGCUGGGAGCCAACGACCUCGUUUGAUGAUGGAAUGCGUCACACUGUUGCGUCGGCACUUAAGGAACAUAAACAUGUGAAGAUGCACGUGGCAAUCUAUGGAGGAAAGGGAUAUGUUGGUCAGGAGUUGCAGCACGUGCUCAAUGAUAGACACAUUCCAUACGUGUUGGCAACGAAAAAAGUCGGAUUUGAUAGUGAUGAAGAGGUUGAAAGAGAACUUGCCCUUCUUGGAGUGACCCACGUGAUCUGCGUGACUGGAAGAACCCAUGGGCCCGGCUGCAAUACUAUUGAAUACCUCGAGGGUAGAGCUGAUAAGGUUUUCAUUAACGUCAGGGAUAAUAUGUAUAGCGCAACAAUUUUGGCGCACAUGUGUCGAAAAUUGGGGCUGCACUAUACGUACAUUGGCACUGGUUACAUGUUUGCUUAUGAUAAGGAACACCCGAUUGGAGGCGCUGAGUUCAAAGAGGAAGACGAGCCGACAUUCUUUGGUUCCGCUUAUUCUGUUGUCAAAGGAUUCACCGACAGACAAAUGAACUAUUUCAAUCAAAAUGGCUGGGAAAACCUCAAUGUACGAAUAACGCUUCCACUCAGUUUGGACUUGGAACAACCACGAAACUUGUUAUCAAAAAUCAUCAAAUACAAGGAAUUAUUUGAUAUUCCAGUGUCACUGACCAUCCUUCCAGAUUGUAUGAAUGCAAUGUGCAAUUUGAUGGAACAACGAAGCGGUGGAACUCUGAACUUGGUCAAUCCGGAGCCAAUUAGUCUUUACGAAGUUGUGAAGAUUUAUAAGGAGAUUGUCGACGAGACUGUCAAUCCUACAUCAAUUGGAGUGGAAACUGAACGUGCUCAACAUCUUCUGGCAACCAAGGGAAAUUGCGCAUUGGACACUGAAAAACUGCAGUCCUUGGCGCCGGUUUUGUCGGCGAAACAAAGUCUUAUUAAGCACUUCAGCGAAAUGACUAGUGCUGCUAAAUAAUAUAAUUUAUAACAAUUUUUUUGGAAUGUUUUUUUUAAAUUUAACUAAUGAACGAUUUAAAGGUGG